AUGCUCGCCCUAGCAGCCAUGAGCCUGAUUACCGGCACAACUGCCAACCUUGAAACCUGCGCCAGCAGCACUGCUUUCAGCUGCGUGAGCUCCUCAACGGAGCCAACCUGCUGCUUCAACUACCCAGGUGGUGCCCUUCUCCAGACUCAAUUCUGGGAUACCAGCCCAUCAACCGGUCCCGACGACUCAUGGACCAUUCAUGGAUUGUGGCCCGACAACUGCGACGGCACAUACCAGUCGAGCUGCGACUCGGAGCGCGCUUACUCUAACAUCACAGCGAUCCUGCAGGACCAGGAUCUCGGUGACUUGGUCGACUACAUGGACGACUACUGGGUUGAUAUCAACGGGGAUAACGAGAACUUCUGGUCGCACGAGUGGAGCAAGCACGGUACUUGCGUCAACACUAUAGACCCCAGCUGCUAUUCCGACUACAAGCCACAGGAGGAAGUAGGUGAUUUCUUCCAGAAGACGGUUAACUUGUUCAAGAGUUUAGAUACACACAAGGUAUAUCCUCUCUCUGCCCUUCAUGAUAUGCGCCCUUCAUUUCUGACUGUUUCCCAGGCUCUCGCCGCUGCUGGCAUCACCCCGAGUACUUCCAAGACCUACACUCUCAGCGCGAUCCAGAAGGCUCUUACUUCCAUGCAUGGCGCGUCGGUUUACGUUGGCUGCUCUAGUGGCAAGUUGAACCAGGCUUGGUAUUUCUUCAAUGUUAAGGGUAAUGCUAUUGAUGGAACAUACAAGGCUGUCGAUACGCUGACUACUCCUGGCUGCCCAAAGACUGGCAUCAAGUAUGUGCCCAAGUAA